AUGAACUAUACGCCAUUGGAUCCAAGCGUCUAUCAAAACCAGCAAGCUGCCACUGUUCUAUGCUGUAACUGUGGUGUGCCCAUGGAUGGGUCGAGCGGUUUGGUUAUGUGCUAUGACUGUAUCAAAUUGACGGUGGAUAUCACGGAAGGAAUUCCCAGAGAAUCGAAUCUCUCAUUUUGCAGAAAUUGUGAGCGGUUUCUCCAGCCUCCAGGUCAAUGGAUACGUGCAGAACUUGAAUCAAGAGAACUUUUGGCGCUGUGUCUCCGUCGUUUGAAAGGUUUGAACAAGGUUCGGCUGGUCGAUGCUUCCUUUAUCUGGACAGAGCCGCACUCCAGACGUAUUCGUGUCAAGCUUGCCGUCCAAGGGGAAGCCAUGGCCAAUACGAUCGUGCAACAAACGUUUGAAGUUGAAUACGUGGUGGUGGCAAUGCAGUGUGCUGAUUGUGCAAGGUCUUACACGACCAACACUUGGAGAGCUACAGUACAGAUCAGGCAGAAAGUUCCUCACAAGCGUACCUUUUUAUAUCUGGAACAGCUUAUUCUAAAGCAUAAUGCCCACGUCGAUACCAUCAACAUCCAGGAAGCCAAGGAUGGACUUGAUUUCUUUUAUGGGCAAAAAAAUCACGCUGCCAAAAUGCUAGAUUUCUUGAACUCUGUGGUGCCUAUAAGAUCUAAAAAGUCUGAAGAACUGAUUUCUCAAGAUACCCAUACCGGUGCCUCGACUUACAAAUUCUCUUUCUCUGUUGAAAUUGUGCCGAUCUGUAGAGACGAUCUUGUCGUUCUACCCAAAAAGCUGGCCAAAUCUCUGGGUAACAUCACACAGUUUGUAUUGUGUUCGAAGGUUUCUAACACUUUACAAUUUAUGGACCCUAUCACCCUUCAAACAGCGGACCUCUCGGCAUCUGUAUACUGGAGAAAUGCAUUUGACUCUCUUGCCGACGUAUCUCAGCUGGUUGAGUUCAUUGUGUUGGACGUAGAUCCAACCGGCCAACGAAAGGGUAAAUAUGUCUUGGCAGACAUCACUGUUGCCAGAGCCGCAGAUUUAGGGGUGAACGAUCAGGUAUUUUAUGUUAGAUCGCACCUCGGAGCUCUGUGUCAUCCAGGAGACAGUGUCAUGGGUUAUUACAUCGCCAAUUCUAACUACAACUCCGACUUGUUUGACUCGCUGAAUAUGGAGCAUAUACCAGACGUGGUGCUGGUUAAGAAGCAGUACAUCAGAAAGACCCGCAAGAACAGAAACUGGAAGUUGAAGAGAAUGGCUCGUGAACACAAGGAAAUCGAGGCUUCGCAAGAUUACACAUCGAGACAACAAAAGCAGGAGCAAGAAAGAGCCGAAAGAGAUUAUGAAGCAUUCUUGCAAGAAUUGGAAGAGGACUCUGAAAUGCGUCAAACAGUCAAUCUUUACAAGAGUAGUGCUGCUCCUGCUCCAGAUGCAGAUGGAGAAAUGGACGAUGACGAAAAUGAAAAUGGUCCACAUAUCGACAUCGAUGAACUCUUGGACGAACUGGACGAGAUGACGCUAGAUGACCCUAACGCUCAAUAA